AUGAGCCCGAUUCACGAAGCAGCCGUGGUAGGUAAUAUUGAAAUUCUCAAGCUUCUCAUCGACAAUGGUGUCGAUGUGAAUUUGAAAGAUUCGAAAAACUUCCGUCCGAUACAUUACGCAGCUUGGCAAGGACGAACGGAAGCUGUUUUCAUUCUCUUACGCUACGGUGCGAAUAUCAACGAACAGUCAUUGAACGGCGACACGCCAUUACAUUUAGCCAGUCAAUAUGGUCAUCUCGAAAUAGCACAAUUGCUCCUGUUUCAUCAAGCGGAUCCGACAUUACUGAACCGUCGAUUAUUAACACCGCUUGAAUUAGCGUGCGAACAAGGUCAUAUUCAUGUUGUUAACAUUCUUUUACAUAAUCCAUCGUGUCAACAAAUGAUUUUGAAUCAGAUUUAUAAUGAACAGCAUACACCGUUACAUUUAGCAGCGAAAAACGGACACACAGAUAUCGUUCGAUUAUUACUAUUGAAUGGAAUCGAUAUAAACCGUUUAACGACGACGGAUGGCACAGCAUUGCAUGUAGUAUGUAGGAACGGUCGAUAUGAAACAGCUAAAUUGUUAUUAGAGUGUGGCAUUGAUAUACAUCUGCGAAAUUCAUAUCAACAAACAGCCUAUGAAGUUGUUAUUAAACAAAAAACCGGCAAUGAUAUUAAACGAUUGAUAAAAGAAUUUGCUGAUGCGAUUUCAGUUCGAGCUAUUCAACCAUACACGGAUAAUCAUGUGGGCGCAUUGAAAUUUAUGGAAGGCGAUUGUAUUACUGUUCUUGAUCAUAAUCCAACCGGUCAAUGGCGCGGUUUUAUUCUCCAAGAUGAUCUGACAACACGAACAGGUUACUUUCCGAACACUUAUGUGCAGAUUCUUUCAACAAUAAUCAACGGCAAAGAAAACCAGACGUUGAAUAACAAUCCGUCUCCUCUUCAUGCUGAAUUACUCGCACAAAUGUCUCAAACAGAUUCGAAUUUAACCAACGCAACAAAUUGGAAUUCAAGAUCAAGGCGAACUAGCCCAACAAAUAAUACAUAUCGGCACAGUGCAGCAAGCAGUAUUGAUAGCGGACGAUGUUCAACGGCACUUUACGAUAGUCCAAAAACACUUGCUCUGUCGAGCUUUGUUGGCAAUGGCGAUGCUCGUUCUAUGAGUAGCAGUGAAUCGAAAUCAUCCGAUCCUGAUAAAACUAGUUAUCGAAGUUCAAAUAGUAGUUUAGACGAAUCAGGUCCUUUGGAUAUCAAUGCACUUCUUCGAAAUGGCGUCCCUAAUAAUGAAAUUAUUUACGCAUGGUUACGAGAAUUCUCUUAUGAAAACUAUGCUGAAAAUUUCAUUAAAAACGGAUAUGAUAUUCAAACAAUCGUUCGUAUGACACCUCAGGAUUUAACAGCCAUUGGAAUAACUCAUCCAUCGCAUCGGCGAAAACUCAAAACUGAAAUCGCUCGUUUGCAACUCGCUGAUGGACUACCUGAUAGUAAACCAGACACUCUCUACGACUGGUUAUGUCAACUUCGUUUGGAACAAUACAUGUUACUGUUAGCGAAACAGAACUACAAACAGUUGACUGAUAUUCAGAAGAUUGCUUGGGAAGAUCUGGAGGAAAUUGGAAUAGCUCGUCUAGGUCAUCAGAAACGUUUCAUGCUUGGUGUUAAACGUUUACUUGACAUUGACAAAGGUCUCUAUCAACCGAAUGCAAAUAAAACAAAACAGAUGAAAGCAUCAAGUACAGAUAAUAAUGUGGAUGGUUAUGAUCAAAAAUCGUUCAUUCGACCAAUAGCAAAUGAUGAGUCAGGAACUUAUACAACUUUGAGAAAAUAUCAAGUAUCUCCGAAUUCUUUAACAAAUAAACAACGGAUAGGAACAUACCUUCCUCCAUCGUCAUUUCGUCUCCCACCGCCUUUAUCAUCUUCAAUAAUGAAUGCAUCUGUCCAUAAUUAUGAAUCUAUGCCGUCGAGUCGAGCACGUAGUUUAGAAAACAUCACUUCAACCGAUCGAACAUUGGAUAUCUAUGAUCCUCAUCAUCAAUACCAACCCGUAGUUCCUCAAUAUGUUCCAACAAUAACUAAUUUGCAGUUUCUCGAUGAUAUGAGUUUAUCAUCCAGUACUGAAUCAACAAAUGGUAUUCCAUUCGCUAAUGAGAACAUCGGAACAAUUAAACAACGUUCGCUAUUAAAUCCACAAGAUACAUAUGACACAAUGAAGCGUUCAUUGCCAAUGGAAUUUUUUCAGCAAUCUUCGAAAACAGUACCUAUCUAUGAUAAUAACGAAGAAAUGACCCGUCACGAUACACCUUCGCCUAUCAAGAAAGUCUCCUUAGCAACGAACGUACAUGAUCUAUCAGUGUCAACUAUUGACAAACGAUCACAUUACAUUGAAGCAUUCAAUAAAGACAAGCAAAACAGAACAAUCAGAAAUGAUACUACCAAUGUCCUGUCCGAUAUUGAUUCGAUGCUUUCUGAUCUUAAUCGCGAACUGGAUCAAAUGCUCGAUUACGAUCCGAUGAGUUCGAUACGCUCCCGAAAUCCAAUGACAGAUGUCAUUUUGAACAAUUAA